GUUCCCCCCCUCACCCUACCCAGGCUCUCUGCUUAGCCUGGCUCUUUCCUUCCCCUGCCUUGCUUUCCUUUGCCCCACCGUCCCCAGACCCCCCUCUGCAAUGCUGCCGCAUUGGCAGCUCCAAAUUCUGCCACACCUGAAAAUCUUUCUUCAUUUUUGUUAAAUCUUCAACAAGACCAACCUGAGGAUUAUACAAAUCAGACAACAAGAGUGGAAAUGGAAUAAUUCAAUUGACUUGGACACUUUUUACAGAUAAGUGGAUGCUGAUUGGAUUCCUACUGAAGCUGUGAUUGUCCAUUCACUUCUGCAUGAGGAGGCUUUGCCCCCAACUCAAAGGACUAUAACUGAAAUUGUCUGCAUAUCACCAUGGCUGAAGGAGCCUCCUCCGCAGCCGGUGGGUCCAAUGCAGCAGCUGCAGCACAGCCGAGCUCGCUCAAGUCCGCAGGUCUGGGGUUCCUCAGGAAGCUCAAAGUGUCUGCAGAGCUGCUGAUUGCCCUGGCUGCUCUCCUGUCAUGGCUUGUGGUGGGAGUGGUGAUGUUUGACUUUGUGGAGUACAAGGCCGUCCCCGACAUUCAGCAAAUUGUUACUGACCCCGUGCAAGCUGUAAACGACGCUGUUGAUGAAGUAUCCAGUCUGCUCAAUAAGUUUCAAGAAUGUGCACCUGAUUUAAGUGACCCCAUGUCCGUCGCCACCUACGCAGCAGAGGAAAUAUCGGAAGCAAAAGAUGGAGUUGUUCGAUAUUUUUCAGAUGAGGAAGGGAACUUCUACCUCAGCUAUGUGGACCCUGUGGUCAUUGGGAGACAAGCUUUCCAUUCAACGAAUGACUUCAUGGGUGGAGUUGUGGGCACCUUCAGGGACAGACUGUGUGCUAUAGUGGACACUGUAUUGGACACUAUAUCGGGUAUAAAUAAAGGAAAAGUUGACCUUAGCUACAUAGACCCUGUGGUCAUAGGCAGAAAUGUCUUCAGUGUUACAAAUGAGUACAUGUGUGGAGUGGGGCGCUACAUCCAGGGUGUGCUUUGUGCCAUUUUGGACACAUUUCUGGAUGUAGUGAAAGGAGCUGUGGAUAUGAGCUACAUGGACCCUGUGGUAGUUGGCAGAAGUGCCUUCAGUACCACUAAUGAGUAUGUCAGUGGAAUAGUGGGCUCCAUCCAGGACGUGCUCUGUGGCAUCAUAGACAGUAUACUGGAAAUAACCAAAGGAACCACUGACAUUAGCUUCAUUGACCCUGUGGUUGUUGGCAGAAAUGCCUUCAGUUCUAUUAACGACUUUGUGAGUGGGAUAGCAGGAUACAUCCAGAAUGUUUUCUGUACUAUCUUUGAUGUAAUACUGGACACAGUAAAAGAUAUCCAGAACGCUGUGGGAUUCAGCCCCAUGUCAGCUCUGAAGAGAACAGCAGAAAUUGCCACAGAGCAGAUUAACAUGCUCGUGAGCUACGUCUCCACAACGCUGACUGGUGACCAAGGGAUCUUACCUGAAGUGUCCAUUGACCCCAUGAAAGUUGUGGAAGACGCUGUGUUGGAGUUCACAGACAAGAAAGAUUUGUUCGUGGCCUACAUGUCCAGUAUGCUUGUUGGUGAACAAGGUGAACCUGUUGCCCCUCCAGUUGUAAAUGUUGUAACUGAAAAAGAUGAAACUGUAGCUCCCCCAGCUGAUAUACCUCUGGUACAAAGGAAAGGUGAAUUUCUGCCACCGUUUGAAAAAGUUCUCAAAGAGGCAAAGGAAAGACAUGCAAUAAAAGAAGUUAAAGAUGCCAUUAUUAAAGAACUAAAAGAAGAAAAAGUAAAGGAGGAGGCCAAACCCCUGGAGAAGAAACCGCCAAAACCCAAAGAAGAAGAGCCUAUAAAGAAGGAAGAGCCAAAGAAACCAACCAAAGAAGAGAAAGAAGUCAAGAUAACAUUCAAAGAGGAGGAAAAAGUCAAGAAACCUCUCAAAGAAAAGAAGGAAGUCAAGAAACCUGUCACAAAAGAGAAAGAAGUCAAGAAACUUGUCAAAAAAGAGAGAGAAGUCAAGAAACCUCUCAAAGAAGAGAAAGAAGUCAAGAAACCACCCAAAGAGGAGAAAGAAGUCAAAAAACCUAUGAAAGAAAAGAAGGAGAUCAAGAAACCUCUCAAAGAAGAGAAAGAAGUCAAGAAACCAAUUAAAGAGGAGAAAGAAGUCAAGAAACCACCCAAAGAAGAGAGGGAAGUCAAGAAACCUCUCAAAGAAGAGAAAGAAGUCAAAAAACCUGUAAAAGAAGUGAGGAAAGUCAAGAAACCUCUCAAGGAAGAGAAAGAAGUCAAGAAACCUCUCAAAGAAGAGAAAGAAGUCAAGAAACCACCCAAAGAGGAGAGAGACGUCAAAAAACCUCUCAAAGAAAAGAGGGAAGUCAAGAAACCUCUCAAAGAAAAGAGGGAAGUCAAGAAGCCUCUCAAAGAAGAGAGAGAAGUCAAGAAACCUCUCAAAGAAGAGAAAGAGGUCAAGGUGAUUUCCAAAGAAGAAAAAGAACCAAAGACAAUCUCCAAGAAAGAACCAACAAAACCCUCUAAAGAAGAGAAAGAAAUCAAGAAGACUCAAAAAGACAAAGAGCCUGUCAAGAAAAGGGAUACUACGACAGAUGCUGCACCCAAAAAGGCUGCAAGGAGGGUGAGAGUAGUCAAGAAGAAGGUUGCACCUGUCCUGAAGAGGGAACAUCUGAAUGUCACAAAAGCAGCUGAAGAGCCCAAGAAGGCAGUAAAGGUACUGAAAGCAAAAAAGCAUAUAGUUCCUGACCUGAAAAAGGAACACAUGAAUGUCACAAAAACAGCUGAGGUUCCCAAAAAGAGGAGGGCCGAGCCAGUGUCUCCCAAAAAAGCACCUGUUAUCAAAGCAAAACCUAAAGCUGCUGUAAAGAAGAAAGCGGAGGCACUCAAGGAGAAGAAGGCCGAGCCAGUGACUCCCAUAAAAGCACCUGUUAUCAAAGCAAAACCUAAAGCUGCUGUAAAGAAGAAAGAGGCUCCUGCAGUUCCUAAGGUGAAAGCCAAACCAGAACCUGCAAAGAAAGCAGUGGCAGCUCCCAAGGAGCCCAAGAAGGAACCAAAGGAAAAAGUCAAAGCUGAACCUUUAAAAGCAGACGCUGCACCCAAAAAGGCUGCAAGGAGGGUUAGAGUAGUCAAGAAGAAGGUUGUGUCUGCCCUGAAGAAGGAACAUCUUAAUGUGACAAAAGCAGAGGCUCCUGCAGUUCCUAAGGUGAAAGCCAAACCAGAACCUGCAAAGAAAGAAGCUGAGGUUCCUAAGGAGAAGAAGGCCGAGCCAGUGACUCCCAAAAAAGCACCUGUUAUCAAAGCAAAACCUAAAGCUGCUGUAAAGAAGAAAGAAGCUGAGGUUCUCAAGGAGAAGAAGGCCGAGCCAGUGACUCCCAAAAAAGCACCUGUUAUCAAAGCAAAACCUAAAGCUGCUGUAAAGAAGAAAGAGGCUCCUGCAGUUCCUGAGGUGAAAGCCAAACCAGAACCUGCAAAGAAAGCAGUGGCAGCUCCCAAGGAGCCCAAGAAGGAACCAAAGGAAAAAGUCAAAGCUGAACCUUUAAAAGCAGAUGCUGCACCCAAAAAGGCUGCAAGGAGGGUUAGAGUAGUCAAGAAGAAGGUUGUGUCUGUCCUGAAGAAGGAACAUCUUAAUGUUACAAAAGCAGAGGCUCCUGCAGUUCCUAAGGCGAAAGCCAAACCAGAACCUGCAAAGAAAGAGGCUCCUGCAGUUCCUACGGUGAAAGCCAAACCAGAACCCACAAAGAAAGAGGCUCCUGCAGUUCCUAAGGUGAAAGCCAAACCAGAACCUGCAAAGAAAGCAGUGGCAGCUCCCAAGGAGCCCAAGAAGGAGCCAAAGGAAAAAGUCAAAGCUGAACCUUUAAAAGCAGACGCUGCACCCAAAAAGGCUGCAAGGAGGGUUAGAGUAGUCAAGAAGAAGGUUGUGUCUGUGAUGAAGAAGGAACAUCUUAAUGUUACAAAAGCAGAGGCUCCUGCAGUUCCUACAGUGAAAGCCAAACCAGAACCUGCAAAGAAAGAGGCUCCUGCAGUUCCUACGGUGAAAGCCAAACCAGAACCUGCAAAGAAAGCAGUGGCAGCUCCCAAGGAGCCCAAGAAGGAACCAAAGGAAAAAGUCAAAGCUGACCCUUUAAAAGCAGAUGCUGCACCCAAAAAGGCUGCAAGGAGGGUUAGAGUAGUCAAGAAGAAGGUUGUGUCUGCCCUGAAGAAGGAACAUCUUAAUGUGACAAAAGCAGAGGUUCCUGCAGUUCCUGAGGUGAAAGCCAAACCAGAACCUGCAAAGAAAGCAGUGGCAGCUCCCAAGGAGCCCAAGAAGGAACCAAAGGAAAAGGUCAAAGCUGAACCUUUAAAAGCAGCUGAAGAACCCAAGAAGGCAGUUAAGGUGAAAGCUAUAAAAAAGCACAAGGAACAUGUAAAUGUUACUAAAGCAGAGCCUGUAACUCCAAAAGAAAAAGUCAAACCAGCACCAACAAUAAAAGAAGCUGAGGUUCUCAAGGAGAAGAAGGCCGAGCCAGUGACUCCCAAAAAAGCACCUGUUAUCAAAGCAAAACCUAAAGCUGCUGUAAAGAAGAAAGAAGCUGAGGUUCCUAAGGAGAAGAAGACCGAGCCAGUGACUCCCAAAAAAGCACCUAUUAUCAAAGCAAAACCUAAAGCUGCUGUAAAGAAGAAAGAAGCUGAGGUUCUGAAGGAGAAGAAGGCCGAGCCAGUGACUCCACCAAAAGCACCUGUUAUCAAAGCAAAACCUAAAGCUGCUGUAAAGAAGAAAGAGGCUCCUGCAGUUCCUAAGGUGAAAGCCAAACCAGAACCUGCAAAGAAAGCAGUGGCAGCUCCCAAGGAGCCCAAGAAGGAACCAAAGGAAAAAGUCAAAGCUGAACCUUUAAAAGCAGAUGCUGCACCCAAAAAGGCUGCAAGGAGGGUUAGAGUAGUCAAGAAGAAGGUUGUGUCUGUCCUGAAGAAGGAACAUCUUAAUGUUACAAAAGCAGAGGCUCCUGCAGUUCCUACAGUGAAAGCCAAACCAGAACCUGCAAAGAAAGAGGCUCCUGCAGUUCCUACGGUGAAAGCCAAACCAGAACCUGCAAAGAAAGAGGCUCCUGCAGUUCCUAAGGUGAAAGCCAAACCAGAACCUGCAAAGAAAGAGCCUGUAACUCCAAAAGAGAAAGUCAAACCUGCACCAACAAUAAAAGAAGCUGAGGUUCCUAAGGAGAAGAAGGCCGAGCCAGUGACUCCACCAAAAGAGGCUCCUGCAGUUCCCGAGGUGAAAGCCAAACCAGAACCUGCAAAGAAAGCAGUGGCAGCUCCCAAGGAGCCCAAGAAGGAACCAAAGGAAAAAGUCAAAGCUGAACCUGUAAAAGCAGCAGUGGCAGCUCCCAAGGAGCCCAAGAAGGAACCAAAGGAAAAAGUCAAAGCUGAACCUUUAAAAGCAGACGCUGCACCCAAAAAGGCUGCAAGGAGGGUUAGAGUAGUCAAGAAGAAGGUUGUGUCUGUCCUGAAGAAGGAACAUCUUAAUGUUACAAAAGCAGAGGCUCCUGCAGUUCCUAAGGUGAAAGCCAAACCAGAACCUGCAAAGAAAGAGGUUCCUGCAGUUCCUACGGUGAAAGCCAAACCAGAACCUGCAAAGAAAGAGGCUCCUGCAGUUCCUAAGGUGAAAGCCAAACCAGAAUCUGCAAAGAAAGCAGUGGCAGCUCCCAAGGAGCCCAAGAAGGAGCCAAAGGAAAAAGUCAAAGCUGAACCUUUAAAAGCAGAAGCGCCAAAGGAAAAGGCCAAAGCAGCUCCUGCUAAGAAAGAAAUUAUUGCUCCUAAAGAAAAGGCCAAACCUGCCGUCUUGAAAAAAGAACAAGAGGCCAGAAACGUCACUCUAGUGAAACACAGAUUCAAAAUAGUGCCCAUGAAAAAAGAAGUCAAGCCGCCAAAGGAGAAAGUCAAACCAGUCGCUGCAAAGAAAGCAGCCGAGAAGCCCAAACCAGCCAAAACAAAGAAAGAACCUGCUCCAGUCAAGACAAAACCAGCCCCGGUAGUCAAAGAGGCAGAAGUACCACCCAAAAAUAUCUCAGUAGCAAAGGAGAAGGUGAAGCUUGUGCCACUGAAGAAAGUGCCUGUAACUCCAAAAGAAAAAGUCAAACCAGCACCACCAAAAAAAGAAGCUGAGGUUCCUAAGGAGAAGAAGGCCGAGCCAGUGACUCCCAAAAAAGCACCUGUUAUCAAAGCAAAACCUAAAGCUGCUGUAAAGAAGAAAGAAGCUGAGGUUCCCAAAGAGAAGAAGGCCGAGCCAGUGAAAGCACCUGUUAUCAAAGCAAAACCUAAAGCUGCUGUAAAGAAGAAAGAAGCUGAGGUUCCUAAGGAGAAGAAGGCCGAGCCAGUGACUCCACCAAAAGCACCUGUUAUCAAAGCAAAACCUAAAGCUGCUGUAAAGAAGAAAGAACCUGAAGCCAAGCCAGUUCUUGCCAAAAAAGCGUUGCCGAGGAAAAAGGUCAAACCGGUCCAUGUAAAGAAAGAACUGGAGAUUCCUAAAGAAAAGGAAAAACUUGCUGCAGUGAAAAAAGCCAUUUCUAAGGAAAAGACCAAACCAGUCCGUGUGAAGAAAGAGCCUGAGGUCUUAAAAGAAAAGGUCAAACCCACUGCAGCAAAGAAAGAAAAACCAGUUGAGAAGAAGGCCGCGAAAGAAGAGAAAACUAAAGAGGACAGAGUUCUUAAAGAGAUACAGGAGACAGCAAAGAAAGAAAGACCUGCUGAGAAGAAAGUUGACAAGGAGGAGAAAGUCAAAGCAGAGCCGUCUGUAUCAGACAGCUUUCAAAUGGAAGAAGAGCUGCCCUACUUCCAGUGUUUCUUUGUGGACGAGGACGAGGCCCAGUUUCCUUUCUACGCCUUCUCACCACUGCAGAUUUGAAGCUUCAGUCUAAAUCCAGUCUGAGGUUUACAAUUUAGUCAAUUUCACUGAUAACGACAAGGUCGCAUCACAGCCCAGUGCUGCUGAAACACAGCCUACUGUUCACUGCUGGUCCUCAGGAGAAAACCCUGGACAGCAGAGGAUGAUGGGUGAUUUCAUGUGAUGGACCGAUUUGAUUUUGGUUGAGCUCUCGUUCCAAAUACAUGCAGCCAGUGUCAUUCCUUUCCAUUGUUUUUAUUUAUGUAUUUUUUUGUGUUUGGUUGUUUUGAAUGGUGGAUAUUGUGAGAGUGAUGGAACAGUGAAGUGUGUUACCUCUGUGGAUCACACAUUUAGAUCCUCACACUAACACAUGCAAAUAAAUAUGACAGUGAUUUUUCUUUUUUCUUCACGAAGGAACAUUUUGUAAACAGGGUACAAAAACAACCACAAAAGCAGAUUCAAGGCGGACGAGGGUUUAGUCCCCACAUUUACUUGAAAAGUGGUUUGUACAUUACAUAAACUGAAAUGAAUUUUUCUGCACCGUCGUCUGUGCAAUUUUAGCUUUUUCCUUUUUAUUAUUUUAUGCUCAAGUUAUCUUGUUUUUAAAGCCCUCGAAUCAACAAUUGGGCAUUUAUAGUUUGUGGAUAAUUCCAUAAUUCUUGAUAUUAUUUCAGUCAUUUCAAUGAAUUUUUUUUCUUGUUCUGUGUAUGUCUGUCAAAAGGAAUGACCACGUACUGUACACGAGAGCUCCCAAACAUACGGAUAAAACCUGUAAAGUCUUAAACUACCUACAUGUGUACCAGCUCUUCAUUUUGACACUGGUGCUAAAUUGUCAGAAUGAGUUUUGAGUAGCAGAUUGACUCAAUAAUUGGACAACAUGUUGGAGAAGUAUUUCUCCAGCUGCUCAGUCUGUUCCAAUUUGAUGCCACCUGAGUUAGCCGAUGAGAGGGCAGGUGUUUUUUUGCACUGUCAUCAAACAAGCUGGAACAUUAAGAGCAGGGCACAUGAGAUGGAUUUCUUUUUGUCAGUCAAAGAGGGAUGUGGAGAACAGCGAUUCCUUGAUAGACCAAAAACACACUGUCACUACCUUUGGUCAGUGUGCACAGCUCAGAAACAUGUUUUAUUUUAGCACAUUUUAUUGUGAACGGGUCAUCACGCGAAAAUCGUUCCAAGUUAAAAGUCUAUUUUAUGUUUUUAACACGUCUAACAUCUCACAUUUUACAUCCCAUUAACUGUGCUAAAACAAACAGGAGUCAUGUUAUAGUAUGAACAUCCUGUGCAUGUGGUGUGCAGUAUGGGUGAUGAUUUCAGAUUGAUUUCAACUCACGUGUUUGAAAUCUCUGAAGAAUGACAGACGAUGAGGACAAGAGAGCUGCAAGAAUCAGCUCGUCUGCAGGUUUAUUUAACAGCCUGAGUGUGGUUGUUAAUGUGGUUAUGUUGCAGUUAAGUGUAACAUUGAAAUGAACUUUCAUAAUCUCUGCACCGUGCGCAGAUGGCGUCACGUUUAGGCAGAUGAUCUCAGAUGUAAACUGGUGCAUUAUUUCUCAGCGUGUACCAGCUGUUGUUUACAUAUGGCUCUUUACAUUGCGCUCCAUAUGCUGCUUAGAGGACAGUUAUUACAGCUUGUGGCACUAAUCCUGAGUUUAAUCUAAAGUAAAUCCACUUAUCUUUUUUUUAUUAGAAUAAUAGAGACACUCUAUCAGUCCAUAGAUGAUGCAUCAGACCCAAAACUGCUCAGGCUCUGGUAGCUGUACUGUGACAGCUGCAGUUUUAUGGUGACGCUCCACUAUCCCUGAUGUUUUGUUCCCAUUGUCUUUUUGGACUUUAGUAAAGAAGACAUUUUGAUUCAUGGUGACAAAAGAUGAGAAUUUGCUUCAGUCGAAUUUACAGAAUCACAUCUAGAGACUCACUUGAACCACGUAAAGGUGCAAUACGUACAUUUUUAAAUAUCUCAGUGAUCACAGCACUGUAUGUUUGUCUCAUAGUCCUUGAAUGAAAUGUGCAUGAUGUGUGUUUUUGUUUUAAGCUCACAAAUGUUUUUUAAUAUUUUUUUUCCCAACUUUGAGAAUGGCAACACUCAAUACUUGAACUUACGAACCAUUUGAUACCAAUAACAGACACUUGUCUCCAAGUGUUGUCUCUAACAAGUACCUAACGAGUCAUACUAAUCAAUAAUCUCAUUGUAAAUAGUUAAAUAAAUAGAAGUUUUAUCCCCCUCUCAUUACUACUGAAACUGCUCUUUCAUAGCAGUUAAAACCACAUUAUGUAUUAUUUGUCACUUACAUCUUCCUCAUGCUUGUGAAUAGUAGCAAUUUGACAUUAAAACACAGCAAUGCAAGA